AAGAGUGAUGCAGGCUAUUUCAAGCCUCCACCCGACCUUGAGCAUGUCAUUCCACUCGAGCACCCAUCCGUCGAGCUACCUGGGAACCUCGAUGAUGUGUCUAUGAUCGACUCAGCAUCUGAGGUUGAAGAAGACCUAUGGCUCUUCCGUGAUGAGGCCGCGGCGAAACUCCCGGAGUUCAAGACCUGGGAUGGAUUCGCACUGUCCAAGGUGAAUCUUGAGCUGGCAAAUUUCACCACUGAAGCUGGUGCUUCUGCCUACGAUAUCUUCCUAGCUCUGGACAACAAUCCUUGUGGCCUUGACUCCCACAGCUCUUACAAGACUCUGGAUCCUCGGGGUUGGGCCGCGUGUCUUCUUGCAGUUUCCCUUGGCCGAGAAUCCGUCAUGUUCUCUUGGAAUGAAGAGAAGAUGAUAUUCACGCCUGCACUCGAGCUGACGAAGGUGCCUGGCUACUCAGGCGACUCUCUUGCCGGCAUAUUGCAACUAUGCACGUCAUGUGGCGAAGCCUGUCGUCGAUUGCGGUCUUAUGUGGAAAUGUCGUACUCGACCAAUGCGACGCCGUCUCGGGUCGCCCUUGCUAAUGCCCUUGACAAGAUGCUGCUCGUCGCGCAAGACGAACUCGGGGCGCGGGGGCUGAGGGUCAGGUCGAUUCUCCAGCUUCAGUCUCUGGUCAGACCGGUCUUUGCUAUCCUGUCGUACUUCCAGAAGCUGGUCCAAAAGGUCAAGAAAGCCGAGCGCGACUCGGCUUUCUUGUCCAUCAUCUACGCCGAGGCACAGUCUGCGGAGCUGGGUGAGCCAUUUCUGAGAGACGCCAUGGGUGAGAUCCUCCGAAUGGUCUCCAAGCCGUUCACGGACUUUGUUGAGGAAUGGAUUGGCUUGAGACCUGAGGGGGGCAUGCCCAUCAGCAAAAACGGCCCCGGCAAGAGCUUCGUACGGUGCGAUAGUCAUAUGUGGGUUGACGACCAAGGUUUCGAGCUGGAGGAGCCAGACUACUUCCUUGACAUGGAUUAUAUGCCAACCUUCAUACCUGACGAUAUUGCGCAGGCCAUCUUUGAGACCGGCCGAAACCUUCGCUUUCUGCAGUCCUAUCAACCGCAGAAUCCUCUGUCGUCCCUCCGUGCCGUUGCUAUUGGCGAGCCACCAAGACUCGAGUGGCAAUACGAUUGGGAAUCAAUCACAAGGGUGGAGCAGAAAGCUCUGGCAUUCCAUCACACGGUUUUGGACACCCUGCGCAAACACCAGGUUACGGUCGAUGACGACCGCGAUGGAGUGCAGGUCGAUGAUGGCAUAGGUGAAGAGGAACCUGUUCUGCAGUUCUUUGGCAAAGACGAGUCACAUCUAGAGCAGACGGUUCUUGCCUCAAUUGCACAUUUGGAUCAUCCUGUCGCAAAGGUCGAGCCGUGGGACAAACUCUCCAGGUUGCUCAGAGAGAAGCUCUUCAGCAUCCAGGACGAGACAGAUGCAAUCGGAACUGAGUUCAGUCCACAUUGGUCAUUACUACCACUGCUGUCCUUCGGCCCCGUCAUCUUUACACAGGCUCGCCUCGUGAACCGCGAGUGCCUACGGCUCCUCUACGCUGAACACAAUCUACGAGAGCAUCUCAGGCUACAGAGAGCAUUCCAGCUACUGGGGAACGGCAUGUUCUCCAGUCGCCUGUCCAACGCUCUCUUCAGCCCAGAGAUGGAUACAACGGAAAGACAGGCAGGCGUUGCGAGGUCUGGCGGUGCCAUGGGACUUCGCCUAACAAGUCGUGACAACUGGCCGCCUGCCAGUUCUGAGCUGCGCCUGGCCCUGGCAGGUGUGCUGUCUGAGAGCUAUCAACAGACCUCACCAGGUGCCGAUGGGAACAACAACAUAGACCCUCUCCCUACCAAACACGCUGCACUGCCUGGCGACUUGAGCUUUGCUAUACGGGACCUAUCACCUGAGGAGAUGGAGAGAUGCAUGGACCCUGAUGCUCUCGAGGCUUUGGACUUCCUGCGCAUGUCAUACAAACCGCCACCGCCUCUCUUGCCCAUCAUGACGCCUAGUGUACUGGUCAAGUACGACCACGUCUUCAAGAUGCUUCUUCGCGUGCGGAGGAUGCUGUUCGUCGUCGACCAGCUCUUCCGCGACAUGUCCUCUGGAGCCUUUCGCUGGCAAACCCCCGAUGAUACCUCGCUCCGCUUCCGCAUCGAGGCACACCAUUUCGUCUCCAACAUUGCCCGCUACUUCUUCGACACGGGCAUCGAGAAGCCAUGGCGCGGCUUCGAACGCUGGCUUGACAAGGUUGAGAAGGGACUCCAGCAAGAGACCUCCAGCGGCAGCGCUCCUCCUCACCACCAGCCACCGCCCUCAGCCGUCAGCCCAGACCGCCUCGGCGAGCAGCACGAGCGCACCCUGGACGAGAUCAUGACCGCUCUGUUCCUACGAAAGCGACAGCGGCCUGUCCUGGAGCUGCUGGAGGCCAUAUUCACGCUCGUCCUGCGGUUCGCCAAGGCGGCUAAGCCGCGCGCUGAGGAGGGGGCCCAGGGGCCCGCACAAGAGGUACAAGACCUGUACAGGUCGUUCAGGGAGAAGGUCGAGGUCUUCAUCACCGUGUGCAGGGGUCUGAGUGAGAAGUCCGGGUACGGACACAAGCGGGACAGGGAUAGAUUGCAGGAGAAUCCCAUUGAGAUGCUCUUGUUGUUGCUUGACAUGUCAAAUUACUAUGUCAAGCGCUAGAACAUGAGUCCUGACAAGUAGCAUGAAUCAAGACUUCGCUCUCGCCGGACAAGCACAUGAGCGGUCAGGUCGGAUCCUGCGCGAGUAAAGAAAAGAGCACCCCACGAGGCUUCAUCCUAAUAAUAUUUUGUCUCAGAGAAGAGAGAGAGAGAGAGAGAGAGAGAGAGAGAGAUUCGAGGCGUUCAUGUUUUGACCCAAGGCAGGCUAUCCUAGGUUGACUAAUUCCACAGGGCAAACCCAGCCCGCAAAGUCAUGUUG